AUGGAUUCUUUUGAGGCGAGAUUGAAAUUUAUUCAAGUUUUGAAAUCUUUAUCAAAGACGCUGAACACUAUCCUUACCUACGCGCCAGGAUCUAACAGCGACAGUUUUAAUUUAUCCGGGUCGAUCAACAUGUCUGGCAGCAAGACUGCAGCUGUCGACCCUAUUCAGUUCUAUGUAACUUGUUGCGAUGAACACUACGAAGAUUUCCAACAAUGUCUCUUUGAUACAACAAGCAAGAUGGAUUCUCUAGACAGACUGAAUGUGCUGAUCUAUUAUUGUAAACUGAUUGAAAUGCUGAAAUACCUAGUUGACAACAGUACUGGCGGGCUGGAGAGUAAAAAACACAUUCUGAACAAAGUACUGCUGGCAUCAAUUGACAAAUUGUACAUGUUGAUGUUACCUGGAAAUGAAAUAAAGUCGUUGGUAAACUUAAAUGAAUGCAUAAACAGAUUUGUGGACAUGAACCAACUGGCUGGGAACAUUAUAAGUGAUGAAGAGAUGAAGCAGAUGAGGCAAGCUUUCCAAAGACAUUCGAGCACUUCCGCAACCCAGAUUAGCGAGGCGUGGUACACGGUCCCAGAUACCGAAGCAGACACCGCCGGAGACUACGAAAAAUCCUUCAGAACAACGCUGACACUUUUAAAUGACAGAAUUGGGAAACAGCGCUUGUUUUACCAACAAUUUGCCAACAGCGAGCCUAUCCCAUGCCAGGAACAAGGCACAGCUGCAACGCAGAUAACAUUGCACCGGAUGGAGAACGACAGGGAGAGACACAAGAAACUGAAAGAGCAUUCGUGGUUCAUUAAGAGGGACACAGACAGGUCGAUGUUGAGCGCCAAUGAGUUCGAGAAACUUUGGGACAACACCACGGGAGAACUGACCAUAGAGGACCUCAACAAUAUGCAGGAACUGCACGAUAUCUCGCAGCAAUCGUACCUGACCAUGUAA